AUGUUGAUUGAGAAGACUCCGGCAUCGAUAUGCAAAUGCAAAUUUGUCUCUGGAGGCGCCACUGGGUGGGUUUACGAAGCUGCUCCUGGCAUUGCUCUCAAAUACUGUGUGCGAGGCCGUCUAGACGAAUUCCAGGUCGAAAACGAAACAUACGACCUCAUCGAGCGGAGCAACCCUCCUCCAUGUUUCGUUCUGAGUUUUCUACGACUGCCUGGUAUAAACUUCAUGCAGAUGAUGGCCGAAAGCCUAGAUGCUCGUCUUAUGCGCAACCAGCGUCGAGACUUCAAGCAACGCAUAUGUCUUGAAGUCCUGCGUUUGGAGCCGACCUCGAAAAUCGAGCAGUGGGCUGUGGAACUGGCUGGAGCUCUCGCUUGGCUAGAAUCCCUUGGACUGGUCCAGGGAGAUCUUCGCCCAACAAAUCUCCUUCUCGACAACGAUGACCACCUGAAGCUGGCCGACUUUGACAGCGCCGCUAAGAUGGGCACUAGGAAUCCGGGCCUAGCACCGCCGUGGGCACGGCUGCUUGGCAAAGAAGCCGGAAACCUAUGUGGAGGGUUUGGACUGUACGGAGCAAAGAGUGAGCAGUUUGCCUUUGGUUCCAUCUUAUACAACUUGACGCGUGGUGUCGAACCAUACGAGGAUAAAGGCCCGGAAGCUGUAUGCCUCUUCCGAAAUAUGGUGUUUCCGGAGUUGUCCGACUCCCGGUUAGAUAUAUUGACCCUUCGCUGCUGGAGGGGUGACUUUGCGACCUUGGCUGAUCUCGCCCAGGAUGUUGCCCUCCUCGACGGUGCUAAGUGGGCAGCAACUGCAACCGUGACGGAUGAUGAGUACGUGGGCAAAAUGAAAGAGACUUGUCAACAACUACUGCAAGACAAAUUUACAGAUUUGGAUGUUGAAUCACUUGCCGAGUAG